AUGAAUGAAAAAGACACUGUUCAUAUUCUAUCAAACACUUUAUCACGACGUUUUUUUGUUCGUAGACGAAAUAUAAUUGAUUCAUUAUCAUCUCCUUCAAUUUCGAUCGAAAUAAUGACAGAAAAAUCAAUAAUAUCAUCAAAUAAAAAUUGUUGUGGAAACGAUGAAAAAAAAGUUCGUAUUUCAUCAGUUAAAAAUGAUAAUCCUCGUACAACUAAAGACAAAAUUAUUUCUACACCAAAUGAACUUAUUAUAGAAAUACCUAAACAAACAAAAUCUUUAGAGGUUGUAUCCAAUAAAAACCUACCAUUAUUCUAUGAAAUUAUAAGUAAUGCAUGGCCAUUAUCAAAUGAACGUGUCGAAAAUUUGAUUAUUAGCAAUAAAAGAUGUCAAUUUUCUAAUGAAGCAAUAUCUAUAAAACCUAUCACAGCAGUACCUGGCAUAGGCCAAAAAUACGGUCAAUUAUUAGCUGAUCAUGGGUUUAUUUAUGCUAGACAAUUACUUGGAUAUUAUAUGAUGCUGAAAGACAAUGAAAUGUUUCGCAAAUGGCUUGAAUAUAAAUUUCAUAUUCCAAGAUUUCGAGCAGCUGAAAGUAAGAAAAUAAAAUAA